AUGCGAAGUGUACUUUCUCGUUCUGGAGCUUUUCGUUUAAUUAAUGACAUGAACAAAAUUGUACCAGCAGCUCGAAUUCAUCGUUUACUAACCUCUUCACAGUUGGCUGUACUUACACGUCCUCGUUAUUUUGCAUCUGGACCUGAGGGCCAUAUUAGAGAUGCUACUGACUCUACUUUUUCCAAAAAAGAGAAGGCUAUUGAAGACCAAUGGAUUCGUGCGCAAGAUGCGGAAAAAGUAAAGCACCUUCGUGAAGAACUUGCAAAACAAAAAAAGAAAUUGAAAGAACUCGAAGAAAAUCUUGACGAACUUAGUGAUAAAAAAAAGGAAAAGGAUUAG